UCGCGCAGCAUGCAUUUCGGAGGUACCCGGGCACGCAGUGAUCCUGCCUCCUCCUCCUCCAGCUGCUCCAUUGGCUGCGAUCUGCGCUCUAUUGAUUAGGGAUCUGGGCUCACUGUUCCUGUGUCAGUCCCCUCCUGGCAGCCCUGUGCUCCUGGAUCUUCCCGAGAUGCUGAAAGUCACUCUGCCCUCAUCGUCUUCGUCGUCUUCCUCUUCUUCCACAGCCUUCUCCUCUACCUCCUCUACUUCCUCCAGGUCAGCCAGCGCUGCAGCCGAUUACUGGAUCGAUGGCUCCAACAAGGACACCUUGGCCCAUUACUACGAGCUGGAGUCCGAGCUAGGACGGGGAGCAACAUCGGUUGUAUACAGAUGUAGACAAAAAGGAACUUCGAAGCCUUUUGCUGUCAAAAUGUUAAAGAAAACUGUAGACAAGAAAAUAGUACGGACAGAAAUCGGUGUACUUUUACGCCUUUCACAUCCAAAUAUCAUCAAAUUGAAGGAGAUUUUUGAAACCCCUACAGAAAUUAGUCUUGUUCUUGAACUGGUGACGGGAGGGGAACUGUUUGACAGGAUUGUGGAAAAGGGAUAUUACAGCGAGCGAGAUGCAGCUGAUGCUGUGAAACAGAUUUUAGAAGCUGUUGCAUAUUUGCAUGAAAAUGGCAUUGUUCACCGAGAUCUCAAGCCAGAAAAUCUCCUCUAUGCUACUCCAGCACCAGAUGCUCCUUUGAAAAUUGCUGACUUUGGGCUUUCAAAAAUUGUGGAUGAUCAAGUGACAAUGAAGACUGUGUGUGGGACUCCAGGAUAUUGUGCUCCAGAAAUCCUGAGAGGAUGUGCUUAUGGACCUGAGGUGGACAUGUGGUCUGUGGGUAUAAUAACCUAUAUACUGCUGUGUGGUUUUGAGCCUUUCUAUGAUGAACGUGGGGACCAGUACAUGUUUAAAAGAAUUCUUAACUGUGACUAUGACUUUGUCUCCCCCUGGUGGGACGAUGUAUCUCUGAAUGCCAAGGACUUGGUGAAAAAGUUAAUUGUGUUCGACCCAAAGAAGCGUCUCACCACCCUCCAAGCGUUGCAGCACCCCUGGGUCACAGGAAAAGCUGCAAACUUUGCUCAUAUGGACACUGCUCAAAAGAAACUGCAAGAGUUUAAUGCAAGACGCAAACUGAAGGCGGCUGUUAAAGCUGUAGUAGCCUCAACUCGUUUGGGAAGUGCCGGCAGCCACAGCAGCCACGACAGCAAUAAGGCAAGCCGAAACCCAUCUCCGGUUCAAGAGAGCGGCCAUGAAGAAAGGACAACAGCAGAAUCCAAACAGGAAGAAGGAGCCUCUUGAGUCUGCCAACUCCAUGUUUGGGUCUGGGUCUCUGCCAUUUCAUGAACCAGCUACAUCAAUCUUUUUCUUAUAGGAAAGAUUCCUUAGCAUGGCCUUCUGGCAGUUCUUUUCAUGGGGUGCACUGAAAUGCACAAGUUGGUUCUACUCUGUUCAAUGCAUGUGACUGCUUAUCAAAAUAGUUACUAUGGGUGACCUGAGACAUGGAAGGUGUAGUUCUCUUUCUACACACGAAGUAUGACAUGAGCAAAUAUUCAAUUAUAACCUUGAUAUGCAUAUAGUAUCUACACUCUAGCUAGAAAACGAAGUGAGUAGUGUUUCAUUUUACAAUUUUAUAAAAGUAAUGAACUUCAUAGAGGAUAUUCUACUAGCAAAAGUUUUCAUUUCAUAUUAUAUCAUGUUGAUGGUAUGAAUAAUAGUAUUCAAAACUUAUGUUU